UGACGUAUAAGGAGGGAAAAUCGAAACGUUCUGUCAAACGCCCCUUCAGAAACUACCUAGGUAGCUUCUAUUUUCUUUCGCUAAAAGUCUCGCCUACAGGUGUAUUUGAAGCGGAAAACGACAUAGUAUUUUGUCCAGGUAAGCCCAAAUGACAAACUGUCGAUAAUAAUAUACCCAACAAAUGUCCAGCUCGUUUUAGCAUCAUGGCUAGCCUUAGUUGACACAAAGCUUCUAGCUAGCUACUGUAACGUUAUAUGGGUAAGGUAGAUAGCUAACUAUUCAGACUUCUGCCGUUUAAAGUUUUGUCACUUCGUUAGUCUGAAGUUAGCUAAGUAACGAGUUAGUUAACUAGUUAAACAUGUAUUUCACCGUGUGUCUCAGAGCUAGAGAAUGCAGAGGACCUCACGUUUAAAGCGAGAGCUGCACAUGAUGAGCACGGAGCCUUCACCGGGGAUUACGUGCUGGCAGACGGAGGGGCAGAUGGACGAGCUCCGGGCCCGUGAGUAGCUAUCAAUCAAUCAACUUAUCGAUCAGUCAAUCGUACGGUUAUGUAGCCUCUCGGUGGGUGCUAGUAUACGUGUUGAAGUAACUAUUUUCAUGCAUCAGCCAUUGAUAGCCUAUUGGUGUUGAUCAAUUAUCUAUUAUAUAGACCGUAUAUUAUAGACAUGAAUUAUAGUAGUGAUCAAUGAUGUAGUUUUAUAUAGAUAUAAACGUCUAUAGGUGUUGAUACUCUCCUGUCCUGUGCAGAGAUAGUGGGUGGAGCCGAGACUCCAUUUGAAGGAGGAGUCUUCUCACUGGAGAUCAAGGUUCCAGACAGGUAUGAUGUGACUCUGACAUAAUAAAACACUAAAAUCUCUGAGUAGAUACAGGUCUAGUACACCUUUUAGGUACAACGAUCUUGAUUGCGUAAUGAUGAUUCUCUCCUAACCCUCCAGGUAUCCCUUCGAGCCCCCUAAGAUGAGGUUCCUGACCCCCAUCUACCACCCCAACAUAGACAACACUGGUCGCAUCUGUCACGACGCCCUUAAACUACCACCCAGGGUAACACCCACGCAAACACACACUCAAACUACCACCCAGGGUAACACACACUCAAACACACACUCAAACUACCACCCAGGGUAACACCCACGCAAACACGCACUCAAACUACCACCCAGGGUAACACCCACGCAAACACGCACUCAAACUACCACCCAUGGUAAGACAUGGACAGCCACCCCCCACACCAUGUGUAGCACCUCUUUCCGUGUGUGUGUGUGUGUGUCCGUGUGUGUGUGUCCGUGUGUGUGUGUGUGUGUGUGUGUGUAGGGUGCGUGGAGACCUUCCCUGAACAUCUCUACAGUGCUCACCUCCAUACAGCUGCUGAUGGUUGAACCCAACCUGGACGACCCGCUCAUGGCUGACAUAGUGAGUAACACACACACUGACCAAGGUCACUUUGCUCCUUCACUGUCCGUACAACGACUCAAACACAGGUUACCGCCCUGCUUGACAAUGUACUAACCAGUUGCGCCCCUGAAAAGGUGCGUACCAAUGUGGCCGGCGACAUUUCAGGUUUUGGAGUGAGCUUACCAGUACGAUCUAACCUCUGUUAAACUCAGACUGACCCCAUAGCUGUUAAAUCAGACAUACUGACCCCAUAGCUCAUAUACAGGGCAUUCGGAAAGUAUUCAGACCCCUUGACUAUACAGGGCAUUCGGAAAGUAUUCAGACCCCUUGACGUUUUCCACAUUUUGUUACGUUACAUCCUUAUUCUAAAAUUGAUUACAUUGUUUUUUCCCCUCAAUCUACACACAAUACCCCAUAAUGACAAAGCAAAAACAGCUUUUUAGACAUGUUAGCAAAUUUAUUCAAAGUAAAAAAAAAAGAAAUAUAACACAUUUACAUCAGUAUUCAGACCCUUUACUCAGUACUUUGUUGAAGCACCUUUGGCAGCGAUUACAGCCUCGAGUCUUCUUGGGUAUGACGCUACAAGCUUGGCACACCUGUACUUGGGGAGUUUUCUCCCAUUCUUCUCUGCAGAUCCUCUCAAGCUCUGUCAGGUUGGAUGGGGAGCGUCGCUGCACAGCUAUUUUCAGGUCUCUCCAGAGAUGUUCGAUCGGGUUCAAGUCGGGGCUCUGGCUGGGCCGCUCAAGGACAUUCGGAGACUUCAGCCACACCCGUUGCUGACAGGUGUAUCAAAUCGAGCACACAGCCAUGCAAUCUCCAUAGACAAAUAUUAGCAGUAGAAUGGCCUUACUGAAGAGCUCAGUGACUUUCAACGUGGCACCGUCAUAGGAUGCCACCUUUCCAACAAGUCAGUUCGUGAAAUUUCUGCCCUGCUAGAGCUGCCCCGGUCAACUGUAAGUGCUGUUAUUGUUAAGUGGAAACGUCUAGGAGCAACAACGGCUCAGCUGCGAAGUGGUCGGCCACACAAGCUCACAGAACGGGACCACGGAGUGCUGAAGUACUCACUACUGAGUUCCAAACUGCCUCUGAAAGAAACGUCAGCAUAAGAACUGUUCGUCGGGAGCUUCAUGAACUGGGUUUCCAUGGCCUAAGAUCCCCAUGCCUGGCUCGGAGCAGUGGAAACGCGUUCUCUGGAGUGAUGAAUCACGCUUCACCACCUGGCAGUCCGAACUGUUUCUGCAUGUUGGUUAUUGACUUGGACACGUUAAAAACAUGUUUGGCGGAUGCAAGGAGAAUGCUACCUUCCCAAAUGCAUAGUGCCAACUGUAAAGUUUGGUGGAGGAGGAAUAAUGGUCUGGGGCUGUUUUUCAUGGUUCGGGCUAGGCCCCUUAGUUCCAUUGAAGGGAAAUCUUAAUGCUACAGCAUACAAUAACAAUCUAGACGAUUCUGUGCUUCCAACUUUGUGGCAACAGUUUGGGGAAGGCCCUUUCCUGUUUCAGCAUGACAAUGGCCCAAUGCACAAAGCGAGGUCCAUACAGAAAUGGUUUUUCGAGAUCGGUGUGGAAGAACUUGACUGGCUUGCACAGAGGCCUGACCUCAACCUGUCGAACACCUUUUGGGAUGAAUUGGAACGCCGACUGUGAGCCAGGCCUAAUCGCCCAACAUCAUUGCCCGACCUCACUAAUGCUCUUUGUGGCUGAAUGGAAGCAAGUCCCCGCAGCAAUGUUCAAACAUCUAGUGGAAAGCCUUCCCAGAAGAGUGGAGGCUGUUAUAGCAGCAAAGGGGGGGACCAACUUCAUAUUAAUGCCCAUCAUUUUGGAAUGAGAUGUUACAUCAUUUACAUUUUAGUCAUUUAGCAGACGCUCUUAUCCAGAGCGACUUACAGUUAGCACAUACAUUAUUUUAUCGAACCCACAACCCUGGCGUUGCAAACGCCAUGCUAGAGAGUUAAUAUUGUUCCUAUAGCCCACACACAGUUAUCCGUCUCACACACUGAGCUUUCUACACUGAACAAGUAAGUGUUGGUCACAUGUUUUUCAUGAGCUGAAAUAAAAAAUCACAUACAUUUUCCACACAAAAACCUUAUUUCGCUGAUGUUGUGCAUUCAUUUGUUUCCAUCCAUGUUAGUGAGCAUUUCUCCUUUGCCAAGAUAAUUUUUUGAUAAUUCCUCUACCAUAAGCUGCCUCCAACGUCAUUUUAGAUAAUUUGGCAGUACGUCCAGCCGGCCUCAGAACAGCAGACCACGUGUAACCACGGCAGCCCUUCGCAUCCGGCUUCUUCACUUGCGGGAUCGUCAGAGGGUGUGCCCUUUUGUGGGCUUUAUUCUGAUUGGCUAGGCCUGGCUCCCCAGUGGGUGGGCCUAUGCCCUCCCAGGCCUACCCAUGGCUGCGCCCCUGCCCAGUCAAGUGAAAUCCAUAGAUUAGGGCCUAAUGAAUUUAUUUCAAUUGACUGAUUUUCCUUAUUUGAACUGUAACUCUGUAAAAUCUUUGAAAUUGUUCCGUUUUUAAUAUUUUUGUUCAGUAUAAUUCAUAAUUUUGGUGGGUGCUUAUGUUUGUCCUAUUUAAUUGGAAAUGUGUUUUUUUGCGUAUUCCAACUCCCCUGAGACACCCUCGGUAUAUUAUCUGUCUCUCACACUGAGUUAUCUGUUUCUCUCCCAGUCAUCGGAGACACCCUCGGUAUAUUAUGUCUCUCACACUGAGUUAUCUGUUUCUCUCCCAGUCAUCGGAGACACCCUCGGUAUAUUAUCUGUCUCUCACACUGAGUUAUCUGUUUCUCUCCCAGUCAUCGGAGACACCCUCGGUAUAUUAUCUGUCUCUCACACUGAGUUAUCUGUUUCUCUCCCAGUCAUCGGAGACACCCUCGGUAUAUUAUCUGUCUCUCACACUGAGUUAUCUGUUUCUCUCCCAGUCAUCGGAGACACCCUCGGUAUAUUAUGUCUCUCACACUGAGUUAUCUGUUUCUCUCCCAGUCAUCGGAGACACCCUCGGUAUAUUAUGUCUCUCACACUGAGUUAUGUUUCUCUCCCAGUCAUCGGAGUUGAAGUACAGCAAGCAGGUGUAUCUGGAGAAGGCCAAGAGGUGGACAGAGAAACACGCUGUACAGAACAACAAGGUAAUGUUACAGGUUGUUAGAUAUGUGGACCGUAGUGACUUUAUGCAGUAAUGUCUUCUCGCCACAAGGUGGUGCUGUAACUCCGUAGUAAUGUUAUGGUGCCUCUAUUUGUAGAACAAUACCACCCCAUUUUAGUAAGGGAACUGUAGAUACAGACCUUAUGCUGUUCAAUGAUUUAAAUAGCUCCUGACUUAGUUCAUUAAUUCAUUUGAAUCGCAUUUAAUACAUUUUAAGAUGCUUGCCUUCAGCAGUUAAUUAAUACUGUGUGUGUGUAGGGUGGUGUGGUGGAGACCGUGGACAGUGUAGAGGCUCCGGUCCAGCCGUCGGCCCUCAAGAGAGAAGCUCAGAAGGACAAGACAGAGGCGCACCCCCAGCACCCCCAGGGCCCCCAACACCCCAAGAGAACAUGUCUGUAACACGUUACACGUUUUGUGCUCCUGUCCCCUUGUGUUACUUCAGUUUGUAAUAAUAAUAAAUAAUAUGCCAUUUAGCAGACGCUUUUAUCCAAAGCGACUUACAGUCAUGUGUGCUUAAAUUUUUACGUAUGGGUGGUCCCAGGGAUCGAAUCCACUACCCUGGCGUUACAAGCGCCGUGCUCUACCAAUUGAGCUACAGAGUACCACAAUUGUAUUUUAAAGUGUUUUGAGUUUUUCCCUUUAUAUAGUUAUGCACAGACUAAGGCAGGGAUUCAUUCAAACCCGCAAUAGCAAUGUUUACGCAGUGUCUUUUAUUUACAAUAUUCAUCCCGUGCCCACACACUUGUAAUUCUGAAAAGUGAAACCAUACCUGUGAGCGGGGUCGCCCUGGUAGUAGUUGUAGGUUUUUAUACAGGACCCAAGAUCAGGCUGAGAGUUAAUUUGACCAUUGGAUAAAGAGCUACUGUGGAAAAACUGUAACGAGGCCUUAAUAUAAUGCUGCUGUAACGAGGCCUUAAUAUGAUGCUGCUGUAAUGAGGCCUUAAUAUGAUGCUGCUGUAAUGAGGCCUUAAUAUGAUGCUUAGAUGCUUGUUUUCUUAUUAAAAUGUUGGAACCUAACGGAGUUAAACAGUCAUUUUAUUUUAUAAACACAUGAGCAUAAAGUAAAAAACAAAGAUCAGUCAUCUCAAUGACACUAUUAUUAUUCAAAUAUAACUUUAACAUCCUGACAACCAGAACGUAUGUACAUCCAAAGGAACAAGUCAGUUUGUAACAAACUACAGGUUAUAUAUCUGAAUCAUAUCACAUUUUAUACUUAUUAUGAUAUAACAAAGGGAACAUGGGGGUUUAUAGAAGGGUUGGUUGUUUAGCAACAAAACUGAUGCGUGCGCAACUAUGGGGCAAAACAGACGGGGUUGGCUAAACUAUAUUUCAUCUCCAAUGUUUAUUGAAAACAUAAAUACAUUUGUACAAUGAGAACUUGUCUCAAAUAUGUCGUUACAGUUGCUAGUUAACUAGCGAAUUUGAGCCUUAUUUGCAUAAACUUGACGUCAGUCCAAACACCUCAAAACAAGACAUUGUAUCAGGAACAAGAUAAAAUGAGCCACCUGCGAUUCCCCAAAUGGGAGCUUCUUGUCAUUGUUGCUGCUAGCUAUCUGACCUAGAUGCCUCUCUACCAAACGAACUAAAUGCAUUUUGUAAACGCUUUGACAAAAACCUCACAGAGUCGUACACGAGGGCCCCCGCCGUCCCAGAGGACUGGGUGAUCUCGCUCUCUGAGGUUUUUAAUCUGGUCAACACUCGCAGGGCUGGACGGUAUUCCAGGGUGCAUUUAUUUGUUAUUUAGUUAGUGAGUGCAUACGUUUUCAUACUGGCCCCCCGUGGGAAUCGAACCCACAACCCUGCCAUUGCAAGCGCCAUGCUCUACCAACUGAGCUACAUUGUAGAAUAGAAUAAUAGUGAAGAGAUCAAAACUAUGAAAUAACACAUAUGGAAUCAUGUAGUAACCAGAAAAGUGUUAAACAUUAUUUUAUUUGAGAUUCUUCAAAUUAGCCACCCUUUGCCUUGAUGACAGCUUUGCACACUCUUGGCAUUCUCUCAACCAGCUUCACCUGGAAUGCUUUUCCAACAGUCUUGAAUUAGUUCCCACAUAUACUGAGCACUUGUUGGCUGCUUUUCCUUCACUCUGCCGUCCGACUCAUCCCAAACCAUCUCAAUUGGGUUGAGGUCGGGGGAUUGUGGAGGCCAGGUCAUCUGAUGCAGCACUCCAUCACUCUCCUUCUUGGUAAAAUAGCCCUUACACAGCCUGGAGGUGUGUUUUGGGUCAUUGUCCUGUUGAAAAACAAAUCAUAGUCCCACUAAGCCCAAACCAGAUGGGAUGGCGUAUCGCUGCAGAAUGCUGUGGUAGCCAUGCUGGUUAAGUGUGCCUUGAAUUCUAAAUAAAUCACAGACAGUGUCACCAGCAAAGCACCAUCACACCUCCAUGCUUCACGGUGGGAACCACACAUGCGGAGAUCAUCCGUUCUCCUACUCUGCGUCUCACAAAGACACGGCAGUUGGAACCAAAAAUCUCAAAUUCGACCAUGAAGGACUGAUUCACGCCCCUCUGAACAGUUGAUAUUGAAAUGUGUCUGUUACUUUAACUCUAAUGAAGCAUUUAUUUUGGCUGCAAUAUGAGGUACAGUUCAUUCUAAUGAAGUUAUCCUCUGCAGCAGAAGUAACUCUGGGUCUUCCUUUCAUGUGGCGGUCCUCAUGAGAGCCAAUUUCAUCAUAGCGCUUGAUGGUUUUUGCGACUGCACUUGAAGAAACAUAUUUUCCGUAUUGACUGACCUUCAUGUCUUAAAGUAAUGAUGGACUGUCGUUCUCUUUGCUAAUUUGAGCUGUUCUUGCCAUAAUAUGGACUUGGUCUUUUACCAAAUAGGGCUAUCUUCUGUAUACCAACCCUACCUUGUCACAACACAACUGAUUGGCUCAAACGCAUUAAGAAGGAAAGAAAUUCCACAAAUUAACUUUUAAGAAGGCACAGCUGUUAAUUGAAAUGCAUUCCAGGUGACUACCUCAUGAAGCUGGUUAAGAGAAUGCCAAGAGUGUGCAAAGCUGUCAUCAAGGCAAAGGGUGGCUACUUUGAAGAAUCUCAAAUAUAAAAUAUAUUUUGAUUUGUUUAACACUUUUUUGGUUACUACAUGAUUCCAUAUGUGUUAUUUCAUAUUUUUUAUGUCUUCACUAUUAUUCUACAAUGUAGAAAAUAGUAAAAAUAAAGAAAAACCCUGGAAUGAGUAGGUGUGUCCAAACUUUUGACUGGUAUUGUAUAUAUUACCAUUAGUAUAUUACCAUAGUAUUUAUAUAUUCCUGUUACCAGUCACUUCAGCCCUGUUUACACUGCUAUAUUAUUAUUAUUAUUAUUAUUAUUAAUCCUGCUACCAGUCACUUUUUAUAUAUAAACCCACCUCAACCACUCCAGUACCCCUGCACAUUGAAUAA